AUGUCGUUCGAGGAUUAUGCUGAACUUGGACAGUCCUUCUUGGCAGUUGCCGGUGCACAUGACUCACCACUGACUGCGGACGCGAUUCGCAAAGAAUAUCGCAAACUAACUGGGAAGGAUAUCAAUCCUUCGCUUUUAGGAUCGCAUGGAAGGUUUCGUAGUUUGGAUGAUCUGUUGAUGAGCUACUCUGAAUGUUUCACAUGGGAACGCGUUCGGAAUCAGUUCUGUUACACGCCGAAAGUCGAUCGGUUGCCAGAAGCUGGUCGGGAAGUUCGCAAGAUGAUUCUAAAAGAUUCAGCAGUCAAAGACAGCAAAAUAUCAGGAUCCACGAAAGAUGUCUACGCGAACUACAAAAAUGCCACUCAGUCGAGAAAGGAUGCAUUUUUGCCAGUUGAAAACGAAAUCGUGCGCUAUUUGUCGAAACGUCCGGAUGGUUCAGUUCCGUUGGAUGUUUUCAUCAAGGAAAUGUGUGUGAAAGUUUUGGAAUCCGCUCCAUACUACGACAAUAUUUUUCAACUCCUGUCCAUGCUUCCGCGGUUUGUGAUGAAGAAUGAUCAGCUUACCUUCCGUGGAAACGAAAAAGCUAUUCCAAAUCGAGAGGAAAAGGCUGACCCGCAGAACCUGUAUUUUCCUGAAGAAAAACCCUCAUGGUUACAAGAGAACGAUGUGGAAAAGCAGUUGGCGGAAUUGCGGACGAAAUGGAAACUCGGAGCGAGGAAGAUGGGAGUUUGUGGCCCGGGUAUGUUUCCUAAUUUUGCGAAGUCGCGGCAAAACGUGAAAGUGAUUUCCGGGAAUUCCCCGACGCAUUUCAAAGUUGAAGUUCUUGACUGGAUCCCGCCGUUCACUUCCGAGGAAAUCGUUCAAGUCAAGUUCCUGCCAGACCCUCUGAUGGAGUUAAAAAUGAGUGUUUUGGCCAAAUAUGAAGGCCGAUGGCAGCGAGCCGAGAUCGUGGGAUUCCCGGUGCAGUAUAAGCGGCUGAAAAUAGAAGUGUAUCUCAUAGACGAAGGCAUCGAAGUUGUCGUCAGUCCCGAGGAAGUGGCUGGUCUUCCGGUUUCAUUCGUCAAGACGUGUCCUCGAGUGGCUUUUCUGCGCUGGAAAUCUGCUCUGGAUGUGAAUUCUGCGCAAGAUCUCGAUCGAUUCAAAAUCAGCCCGUCACAAUGCUACUUGGCCACAUUCUACAGCAUGUUCCCGGAUCGUAGUUGGUUGGUGGAUUUAGAAGCCCUGCAUUUGGCUUCGCGUUCUUGAACACUGCUGUAAAUAUGAGGGUUGUCUCAGCUAGACGUGACCUCUGAUAUUUCUCGAGUAGCUGUGAUUGUAUAAAAAAAAAAGUCAUGACACUGCCCAUGAUGUUCUGAGGUUCCGGGAUUUUUUUCCGGAUUUUAAAAAACUUUUUCAAUUUACUGCUCGAUUAGUGAAAACUUUCCAGGUACAGCCAGAGUUCUCCGCCCAUGUCACAGGGUGAUGCCAAUUUUUCAGAUUGUCCAAAGAAAUAAUUUUUUAACCCUUAUCUAAAAUUCGGAACAGAUAAUGAGUAAAACGGAACAAAAUUUCAAAUUUUCAGCUGACCUAACAAAUUUCCAGCACCCUGUGCCAUGGGUGUAGAACUCCGGCUACAACUGGAAAGUUUUCACUGAUCAUCAUGCAAAAAAUUGAAAAAAAAAAAAAAUUAAAUCCAAAAAGAAAUCCC